AUGCUCCAUUCGCGGCUUCGUUCCCUCCCUCGAAAAGGGCCCCGUGCAACGCACAAGCAUGAGCACGCACCCAACUUUUCAAAUGACAAUAAUCACAACGAAGAGGGCGAAGAAGACGAAGAAGAAGAAGAAGAGGAGGAAUCAGAGGACAUAUUCUCCGACUUCCUGUCCCAUCUCCUCCCCGACGAUGCUCACCAAUUCCACGGUGAUCCCGGCCAGCUCCUCCGCUACGAAUCGCCAUUAUACGGGCCAUUGACAAUCAUGGUUCCACACUAUCCUGACCAUGACACUACUGCUGAUCAGACACAAACAACGGUCGACGACGGCAGGAGGCUUUUUGCCCAUUUUCUCUGGAGUUCGGCUCUGGUCGUUGCUCAGGGCGUGGAGGAUGCGGAUGCGGACGCCAAGGGUGCUGUGUCGAAUGGCAACAAUAAUGAUAAUACGAAUAUAGGAAUGUGGAAUGUCAAGGGACACAGGGUUCUGGAGCUCGGUGCUGGCGCCGGUUUACCAUCUAUAAUAUCCGCUCUAGCCUCCGCAUCGCACGUCACCAUAACCGACCACCCAUCAUCGCCGGCCUUUUUGGGUGCAAUUGAAUAUAACACUAUGAGGAAUGUGCCGGCAUCAAUACGUCUCAACAUUGAAUCUAUGCCGCAUGAAUGGGGGACGCUGGGUGACGACGACUUCUCGCGGCAGAAUAGAGGGCAGUUCACGCGGAUCAUCGCCGCAGAUUGUCUAUGGAUGCUGCAUCAGCAUGAGAACUUGGUCCGGACUUUGCUCUGGUUUCUCAGUGAGGGUGGUAAAAGGGAGGGCGCUCCCACAACUACGACUUCCCCUGAUGAUAGUGGCAGUACGAGCGGUUAUCACGAUCAAGAGGGGAAAGAAGAUGGAGAAGAAGAAGGCCGGGUUUGGAUAGUCGCUGGAUUCCAUACAGGCCGUGCGAUUGUGGCGCAUUUCUUCGAGACCGCUGUGGCCAUGGGCCUGGAAAUCGAGAGUAUAUACGAGCGCGACAUACUAAGUAUGUAA